AAUGAGUUCAACAGUUUCAGAAGUCAAAAGAGGUUGUAAAGAAUCACAUAUUUGGAACCAUUAUAUUAAAGAACCAUUGGGUAGUGGUCAUUAUACAGCUAAAUGCCAUUACUGCACACAAACAUGGUCUAGAAGAAGACCAGAAAUUUUAAAAUCACAUUUAGCAUUAUAUUGUAAGGAAGUGCCACUAGCUAUUAAAUCAGAAUAUAUGGAGAUGUUAGCAAUUGGAUCUACAUCUACAAAUAGAAAACAAAAAUUAGAUACAGAUUCAUCAGCUGAAAUUGAUGCAGAUAAAAAGGAUAGAAUUAAUCAAGCAUUAAUAGAAUCCCAUUCUCAACUGUUAAUCAUCCUUAUUUUAUAGAUUUUGUCUAGAGUCUUUGUUUUGCCUAUAAUCCUUUUAAAAGAUUGUUACUUUCAACAACUAUUUUGAAUAAAGAAACUGCUUUAUAAUAAUUACUCCAG